CGUAUUCGGGAUGGAAAAGAAACGCUAUGGAGAGUUCAAAGGCAAUCUGACUAAAAAAUCACUACGUCCUCAUGCGGUCCACGGGAAUUGUGGAGAGGCUACGAUUUCGCGUCAAAAUACAGGCGAGAGUCACGUGGCCCGGAGAAAAGGCCUGAUUGCCCAACUCAUGCGAACUACCACUCGUGAUCCGACCAAGAAAAAUCCGGGCGAUCAGGGGGUGGAAUAUUCCGAAUACUAUAGCGACAACGAUAUUCUGUUACCAGAGAUCAGGGAGCCGCUUAAACUGAGUGAAAACGCUAGAGAUCUCAAAGAACGAAUGCGAUCCAUUCAAGACAGCGAGGGUGAUGAUUUUAUGGAUCAAAAUUACUACGAUUUAUCUGACGACUCUGAGGCAUUCCAGACGGCCGUUGAGAGGGCGAAAAGAAACGAUCAGAAGACUGUAGAAGUUAUGGAGGCACCGGCAAACUUUAUGGAAUAUGUGGACAGCUCCUACAGACCUGUACAAAUGCAUGGGAUCGGUGAAAAUGAUGGGAUACCAAAAUACAUCGCAAAUCGUAAUUACAUUCGUGAUCGACGAGUCAAUGUAGCGUAUAAUCCGGUCGGUGAUCCUUCCGUAGAGGUCGUUGCGCCGAGACCAGUGACCAAUAACGAAUUCUUUCCUACAAAUAUGCGGUAUGGAAAUUCACAAUUCGUCAAAAAUCCUGCACCGAUGCUCAAUAUGAAUCCGUCGAUGAACGUCCCGGUACCAAUUCAACAGUUUUAUCCCGUGAAAAGUAAACCCCCAUAUUAUUCAGUCGGUGACUUGCCACCGGCAAAUUCUCUUGGUUUUUCGAUUUCAACCUCACUAGGAAAACCGUUGAACGGUACAGGUCCGAUGGAUUACGUCAUUCCGGAUAACGAGAAACUAUCGAAAUUUGGCGAUGCGUCUUCUGCAGCUAUUCGCGAACCUUUCCAAGACAUUCGUGGAGCUUUCGGAUCCGCAACUCCUGCCAGCAGAGGAUCCUCCGCAGCUUUGGAAUUAUCAAAAAAUUAUUUCGCGACCUUUAAGGCGACACCUUCGCUCAUCGAUUCGGCAUCGAGGUUACUCAAUUCUGGGGUCCAAGAUAUCAAGCUGAAUCUCGGAGCGCCAGAAGUUGAGUAUUUGAAUCACCGGGCUCCCGAUCAUCCUACGUCCCACGAAAAGAAUCCUCGGGGAUCCGGAGCCGUUAAAAAAUCGAAACGAAAAGAAUCUGAUUCCACGAAAACGGUCGAGGAAACGUCACCAGCAACAACGGAGUCUAGUGACUCGAAAAAACAGGCAGACGAGACAUCGUCACCUACGACAGAAUCCAGUAGCGUAAAAAGCCAGACCGAACAUGCGCCGUCGAGUACGACAGAAUCUAGCAGCGUUAAAAAUCGAACAGUUUGUAAGACCACGAAGAGCGCGGAUCACAACUCGUUAGCGACAACAUCUUCCCAGGCUUUGGUCAACGUGAAUUCCAGUGUUUCAGGACCCGCGAAUUCGACGAUCUCAGGAAACUCGACGGUUUCCGCUAAUACAACUGUCUCCGAGAACACGACGAUCGCAGUAAACCAAACGAGGGUGGUCGCCAGCCAGAUUUUAAGCGAAAUUAUGGGUGAACUCGAAGAGAUGAGAUUGGAAAAUCCGAAAGACGAACAAAAAGAAGGUUUGCCCUGCAAACUGACAGGAUCAUGGGUGACGACAAAGGCCGGCGUUCGGAUCGAUAUGAAAGUAACAAAUCACAGCAUAAAUGUAUCUUUGGAUUAUCUUACCCCACCAAUAACCACCGAAGGACUCCUCAACGUGACUUGGAACGCAACUGGUUUCGCACCGUUCAAACGCGGAGGUCCUUUCACUUUGAUCGCAACGAAUAAUCACACCAAAACACUCGCCGUUUUCGUUGGAGCGUGCAAAGUUUGUCAAGGUAUCGAUACGAUAGAAGGUACCUGGACAGUUUCACGGGAGCCGAGGGACUGCAGGGACUUUCAAAUGUCGACAAAUAUAUUCAACGAAAUAUUCAGACGCACGCGUCUCUAUUCUGCAAUUAAGGACAAACAAUUGAAGCAAUUAGAUGAGAAAAAUUCGAGCACAGGGAUGACUCCGGUCACCAAUUCUUCGAGUUCGGAAAGCUCGAGUACAACACACGAAGGGUUAAUGACUCCGGAGAAAUCCCAUAACGAAACUUUAAGACUCAAUGGGACGUUUAAAUGACUGGAUUAAAUUUUAAUUGCGAUUCGUUCAGACAUUUGCGAAUCUGUGUAGCGAAAGACGCUCGGUCCUUCAAAUGAAAAUGAAAACUUGAGGGAAAUGGCGUGGUUUACGUUUCGAUGUGGCGAUCACGAUAACCAUGGGAUGUUGUACACAAUUUCGUUUCACGAGUAGAAUAGCGGAAGCGAGAUUAUUUACUGUUACGAGUAUUUAUAUUGGUAUAAAACUAUAAACCGUCAACUAAACUCGGAUGAAAAUAUUCCUGACACGAUUCUCAUAUAUCUAAUUUAGGAUGUCUGCAAGAUAUGUGAAAAUGUA